GGAUUAUAAAUCUGUCACCGUGGAUGAAGAGCGUAUAGCGUGGGUGACCAACGAAUCGAGAAGCUUCCCCUACGCCAAGUCGACUUCAGGUCCAUAUCCCUCCGCAUCGGCACCCAGUUAAUAUCCGGGUCGCGGCCCGCUCCCUGUCACAAAAGUGCCACUGUCCCAGCUUGAUCACAUCUCCGUCGGCUAUUGAACUACCGGAACGGCACUGCAGACAUCUGUCAUGUCCACCUGACAGUCCUGACAUGAUCUCUGGACCCACGAUGCCAGUCUCGGAAUGGAAAGUCCCUGUCGUUCACACACAGCUGUGGAAUGUGCAAGAUUCGCAGUUGACACAGAAAAAAGGACUGGACCCGACAUGUACAGGAUGCCGGUCUGUCCAAGAUUCACCACUGAGUGGAUCAUGUGCACUCCAUCUUGAGAAUCAAGGCACCUUUGAUGACCCGCCUCCGGAGAAUUUAUACUCCUCAACUACACAUCAAUCAUUCAACCGAGUACGAAACACCGAGCAGAGGCGACAACGCAACGAGAUACGCAACUCAGAUAUAUUGUCACCCAAGAUCGACCACAACCAUCCUUCACCAGAUCCCAUGGAACAACAAAGUCCCGCAGACUCAAGUUCACAUGCCCUUUCAAAAUCUGAAUCGCUGGAGGACAACUCAUUGAGCUCUCUGCCGGAAUUCCUAGGCGCCCUGGGUACAACCGAAAAUGAGCGAAGCACUCUUCUAACGCUAUUCUCCACGGCCGAGAAAGAGGGGGAACCUCACACGUCACAAGAUCUGGGCGAACUACCACGCAAAAAACGACGUUCUCAAGCUCAACCCGAGCAAUCAGUUCAAACACAGCCUGGCCAGGGGAGCGGCGAUGAAUUUGAAACAUGGGUCUGGAACUGUUUUGAUCAGCUCUACGAUGGUAAAUGAUGAUAUCAGCAAACUUCAUUGAACCAAUUAUUUGGUUUUCUUUUCAGAUUUAACAUCAUCGGACAUAUCAAAGCCAUACAGUAUCUAUAAUUAAUAGGGGUAUAUUUUUCAGACUACACCCGGCCCGGAAGAGACAGUAGCUUUGUAAUUAAGUUGCACACUGGUCUUUGGCUUCAAUUCAAC